UGUUAAUCCCUUGGAAGCAUCCAAGUUCCAACAUUUUAGUUCAUAUAUAUUCUUAUGAUUGUUGUUAAUGUGACCAUGCUGUAGGCAUUGACUGGCAUGCUAAUAUUCAAUUGGAUCAGAAUCUAAUCACGCAAGGAGAUAUGCCUCGUUUUAUCGUGGAUUCUUAUGAAGAGUGUCGUGGUCCACCUCAUUUAUUUACACUGGACAAGUUUGAUGUUGCUGGCGCCGGUGCAUGUUUAAAAAGAUAUUCUGAUCCCUCUUUCUUUAAGGUGGUGUUAGCCUCCUCUGGAAUGCUGGAAACAGAGCUCCCAAGAGAAAAGAAAGCUCGUAAGACCAAGAUUCCUGAGACUUCAAAAGCUCAUAGAGAUGAUGAUGAUGGAGCUGAAUCCCGUCCUUGAUACCUUCUAGACUUGUAUAUGUUUCUUAUUUUGCAAAGUACAUUGUAAUUCUAAGAUAUGACAAUUUAAAUAUUUUGAAUGAUUUGAAUGUUUGUCUCAAUAUAAA